AUGCAGCGAGUAUCGGAAAUAGAACAACUCACGGACGACGAGCGCCGAGCCCUUCCCAGUCCACCGCGCUCCUCGCACUCCGCAGCAGUCGAUUUUCCGCGCUCACCGCGCUCCUCGCAAUCGCGCCAGUCGAUUUUCCGCGGCGCGACUUCCCAGUCCACCGCGCUCCUCGCACUCCGCAGCAGCAGCGGCCGCACGGCGCACCCCGGGGGGCCGCUGGCGACGAACAAGGCGGCGGCGCUGUCACGGUUCCUGCAGCGGCGGUUGGCGGCGAGCGGCGAGGGGGGCGAGGGAGGCGAGAGGGGGGCGCUGGACCCGCGGCUGGUGGAGGUGGCGGUGCGGAACGCGCAGGCGACGCUCGUGGCCGCGUCCUCACGUGGGGGUGUCGUGCGCCACGUGGACUGUGUCGAUGAGGGCGACCAGGGGGGUGGCGCCACCGACAGCAUGGCAGCCUCAGUGGCUUUGACGAGCUGUGCGCGCUGGUACCCCUGCCACGCUGCCGGUGCCGCGCCCCUCUGCCGCCUCGCAGCAUGCUGCUGCACGCCAUUGCUUGCCACGCUAACCCGCCCUGCUAUGCGCAUGCUCCCCGUCCCCCCCUGCACCGCCUCCCGCGCACCCUGCCUGGCGCCAUCGCACCACCCAUUCGCCCCACCCUGCCCUUGCACCUCCGCGUGUUCCAAGCCAUGGUCGCACAGCGCAUGCGCCACGCUGUGUCCGCUCGUGCGCCUCUGGGAUCGCAUCAUGUGCGCGCGCCUGUCCGUCUCCUCCUCCCACCAGCUCGUGUCCGCGCGCGCCAUAGCCCCGUGUGUGUUUCCCUGCGCGUUCGUCUCCGCCGCGGGAGGCCGAGCGUCACACGACGGGCUCAAAGCAAGCCCGCCCAUGGCGAGCGCGUACGCGGGGCGCUCCGUGCCGCGAAUAAACGUGGCGCUGCGCGAGCGGUGGCCGUUGAAGAUCGGCCCGGCGGAUUGCGGCGCCACGGAUGGCGGGAAGGAGGCAGGGCGGAGGGGACCGGAGGCUGGCCGCGCGGGGCUGUCGCACCGGAGGACGGCGGAGCUGCAUGGGCGAGAGGGAGAUGGCGGCGCGCGCACGCAGCGGUCAGCAAGGGGGGCAGUGCCUCGGCAAUGGCGGCAAUGCGCGGAGCAGCGGUGCUCCACCAACACGUACGUGCGGCCUGGCUCGAGCGGCGAGGAGGAGGUGACCGGGUGCAUGGUCAUGGCGCAGCACACGUCGCAGCCGGGGAACUCGCCACGGAGGGCAGGCGCGGUGACCGCGUUGGGGUAG